AUUACAUACAAGAUUGGAACACAUGUAGGCAGACGACGUAACAUCAGGUGUUGUGGUGUGGUCCUGAACUGUGCUCAGUGAAGGUCUUUGGUCAUCACCGCCACUAUGUUCUUAGUAGCCCGUGUUGUGAGAGCAUCCCACCCAAUCACAUCAACAUUUUUAAGAUCCUGUAGCACACAAGUGGGUAGUAAAGAAUAUUUUGACAAAUUGCUCGCCGACCAUAAAGUCGUCGUGUUUAUGAAGGGAACUCCACACAUGCCAAGAUGCGGCUUCAGCAAUGCUGUAGUUCAGAUUUUACGCAUGCAUGGUGUUGAAUAUGAUGCCCAUAAUGUUUUGGAAGAUGAAAAUGUCCGACAAGGGAUCAAGGAAUACUCAGAAUGGCCAACAAUACCACAGGUUUUUGUAAAUGGAGAAUUCAUGGGUGGCUGUGACAUUCUAUUACAAAUGCAUCAGAAUGGAGAACUGAUUGAGGAGCUUCAAAAGGUUGGCAUCACAUCUGCUCUACUUGAAGCAGAAGCUCAAGAUGAUAAAGGAGAUAAGAAUAAGUGAAAGUAGGAAGCUACAAAUCCAUUUUGAAGGUGGUACUUAUAUUAUUUUCAUAAAAAAGUAGGAGUAAUAAAUUGCAUAAUUGUGGGGGAUAACAAAAUAAAUAAAUACAGUACACCUUUUUUCAUUUUGUACGUGAAUUAGAUGCAAAAGACCAUUUUGUGACUACUGUAGCUGGUAAGAUUAGAUUUAGUCGUACAGGAAUUUAAUUAAUGAUUACCAGAUUUCAAACUAGGGUACCUAUAUUACUCGGUGAUGAUGUAUAUUUACUGUUGUUAUUGUACAGUUUAAUAAAGAAAUUAUUCUUGA